AUGGGCCAGGGUGGCUUCGGGAAAGUGUUGCGGUGUUUGGAAAGAGACAUGGACAGUCUUGUGGCUAUAAAGAUCCCCUCAUUUGAACACAGCUGCAGAGAGGAGGUGGCCAUGCUCAGAAGGUUAAUGAGGCUAAAACUUGACAAACACAACAUCGUCAAGUUCCAUGAAUGUUUUAGUGUAAGGAAUGGCGAGGCGCUCGUCUUUGAGAGUCUCGAAGUGAACUUAUAUGACCAUUUAUGUAACAAUGAUGUGACAUUGGAUGACUCAAGGACUAUAAUCAAACAGAUGGCCACAGCGCUUAAAGCACUGAAGAACAUCGGGGUGAUCCACACUGACAUCAAACCAGACAACGUAAUGCUAGUGGACAAGAAACUACCCAUAAGAGCUAAACUUAUCGACUUUGGCUUGGCCAUGGAUAAAUCUACAGCCUUGCAGGGCAUGGAGCUGCAAACAGUUCUCUACAGGGCUCCCGAGAUCAUUUUGGGCCUGCCAUUUUCCGAGGCCAUCGACAUGUGGUCAGUGGGCUGCAUCUUAUUCUCCAUGCUCUUCAAAUGCCACCUGUUUGAGGGUGAAGAAUAUGAAACACUGCAGUUUAUGAUUGAACUCCUGGGUCAGCCGCCAGACGAGCUUCUGAACAACGCAGUGUUCAAACAUCACUUUUUUAUUGAGACAAAGUCCAACAGCUGGAGGUUCCAGACGCGUGAGGAGUACGGGGUAGAGUUCCUUCCACAAGCCCCCAUGGAACGAUGCUUUUCAUCUCUGGAUGAUCUCAAAACGAUUCCAGACGAUAUCCCAGUCGAGGUUGCAGAAUACGAGCAGUGCAUCGAGCUAAUGAAGGCCAUGCUGACGAUGGAUCAGAACAAGAGGAUCACACCCAAUGAAGUCCUCCAGCACCCCUUCAUCACUCAGAAGAAGAGCAUCGAUCCAGUUCCAACAGACCAGCACAGUCCACCUCCCACAGUUUUUCCAUCAGGUUUGAUCCAAGUCCGGCCUGCAAAACCAGAGAACUCGCUGCAGCUAGAGGAAGAGGAGACAUCAACGCGAGGGGAUGGGGGGUUGGAGGUGUGUCGCUGGGGGACAGUGGAGGCCUCAGUAUGGCAGAGGUGUGGCCAAAUGUUUGCUUAG